CGGAGGAAAAGGGAGGGGAGAAACCUCCAUAGCUAGCCGUAACAGCCUUUUCAAAUACAAAUUUAUUUCACUAUCGCACAGGAUUUUUUCCAUUACUCGGAAUUGACUUAAAAUUCCUGUGGAUACAAUCUAUGUUGUGUUUUACAGCCGCUGAUCUUGGAAACGCAUCGAAAAAGAGGCGAAACGACUGGAUAAAUCCAAAAGAAGAAAAGAGGCCUAUUUUUGUUCCUGAUAUCCUGGGGCCGCAGCUCCAUACUCGCGGCCGGUGUUCAGGCUGCAGCCUUUUUAAUCGCAAAUUCGUGUGGUUUUGUGUUGCGUUCAGAAAAUGCAUCUUGUGCAUUUAUUUGUAUGAGAAGCUUGUCGGUUUGCUCGCUACGACGUUGGUGGGCUAACGACGUUUCAUUGGAGGCACAAAGGGAGAACUUGUACCAAAGCGGCCUGUUUUGUUUUUGCAACGACAGCGCCAUGAAAAGCGGGGGGCAAUAACACAUAAAUUGUGCCUACGUUUGGAUCCUCGCUGAUUACCCAAAUGCGCAGUGAAUACUCCAUUGAUGCUUAUCUGGAUUGUAUCUUGUUGCGUUUGGCAGCUAACAGUUUCAACAACGAAGCAAGGAAAUGAGAACGACACUAUCUUUGAACUCGGUUUGAAUUUGGUACAACCUGCUCAGCGCUGGUAAUUGGAAGCUAGCCCUAGCUCGGCGGUUGAAGAGCGCCACCAAUGUAUUGUUGUUGAAUACAGAACUCGACAGUGGAUGUGUUAAUGGAAUUUUAUGCAAGACUACUGGCCAAUUUUAAUGAAGCGCAAACGUUUACAUUUUUGCUUGGUAUUUUAUUUUGAACAUUGUGACGAAUCUGAAAUUAUAUAGCUGUUCGAUGAUGAUUCUUUGGGCGCACUUCGUGCCGUGGAAGAGGGGAAAACGAUAGAAAUGGACUGGUCAUUAUUGUAAGGAUCUCCACCGUGCUUCCCAGUGCAGACUAAUAUGUACGUGUUUAUUAGCACUUACACUCUGGAGCUAGUUAGUUCGCUAGCUUUAUCACUUUUUAUUUCCUGUACCUAGCAGGGAUUUUUUUGCAUCAACAUUUCAUUGUAAUCAGAGCUGCAAUAUUUAUUUAUUUUCUUACCAAUCCCUGCCAACUGCCAGACUCGCAUGUCCUGUUCAUGUUGUGGACACUGUACACGACGAUAUAGCGAGUCCGGUCCAGCGCACCAGCAACACGAUUGUUUCUGGACACUGAGAGACUUUGCUGGCGGACCCGCUGCGUGGUGCUGGUGCGGUGCUGUUCGUUUUUUCUCCACGGACUGGAUCUAUCAAGCGCGAGGCUGCUGAGAUGAACCCGGUGAAUGCCACCUCUCUCUACGUUUCAGCUUGUCGUUCGGUGCUGCAGUGUGAUCCACGGGACCCCGAGGCUUUGGCCGAACUCUAUAAGCUGUUGCCUUUCUUUAGGCAGUCUCUCUCUUGCCUGGCUUGCGGAAAUUUGCUUCAAGAUCCAAUUGCUCCGACCAAUUCUUCGUGCCAGCACUAUGUUUGUAAGGCAUGUAAAGGCAAAAAGAUGAUGAUGAAGCCUUCAUGUAGCUGGUGUAAAGACUAUGAGCAGUUUGCCGAGAACAAGCAGCUCAACAUUUUGGUGGACUGCUAUCGGAAGCUAUGCGAGUACAUCGCAGGCUCGCCUCUGGCGCCGCACAUCGCCAGUGCUGUCGGCGAGUCUCCGGACCUGCUGGCGAUGCUCAACGACGGUCUCUCGCUGAUCGAGGACUCGCCGCCGGAAGAGUCGGACGUGGCCCUCCUGCUGAACUUGAGCCGCCUUUCGCCAGCACCCUCCACCUCCGAGAGGCACCCCGAAGAACCCCAACCUCCCCCCUGCCCCCCCACCACAGUCGCGGUCAGCCAGACCAGCGAGCGGCCCCUCACUCCCGUGGAGGUCAACGGACUGCAGGGCUGCAAUGGGCUGCCCAACGUCGACGAGCUCAGUGUUAGCCUGCCGUCACCGCCGGACACCAGCUCGGUUCAGCUCACGGUGGACAUCGAGUCGCCCCUGAAGCGAGACAAGUCGUUCGAGGAGAAGCUCGACGUGUCGGAGGCGGUGGCGGCGGCGGCUGAGGAACUGAGCCCGACCAGUAUGGACAUGUGCUUCGGGGAGGAGAUCAAGCACAGCGGAGGCACUCUGCUCCUCAGCGUGGAGGAGGUGCUGAGAACUCUGGAGCCCGAUCCCAUCUCUCAGGAGGAGUGCACCACCCUCCUGACCCCCAGCCAAGACUCCUCCUCCUCGGCAAACCUCAACGGUCCGUUUGUGUGUUCAGGUAACGGCUCCAACAGCAACAACCUGAUUACGACAGUGACGACGACAACGAAUGCCACAUCGGCCAACUCCCCUGCCCAGGCCCCCCUCCCCCCCUCGCUCCUGUUAGAUCCCUCCGAAGUCUUAGUGCCCCAGUAUCCCAGUAACUCCCAGCCCCAGCAUUCGCACCCUUCCUCAGGCAUGUCCUGCUCCGCUGUCACGCCCAGAGUGCCUCGCUCCAGUCGCAAGCGUUCGCGCUCUGAGAGUGACAGCGAAAAGAUCCAACCCCUGCCCAUCUCCAGCAUCCUGCAGGGCCCCAACCUGGGGGCCUCGGCCCCCUUGGUCAUCAGAUGUGACUCCAAGGUGCCGCAGGUCAUGCCUCACAUGGCCACCGUUCCAAACGGCGGCGGGUUGUCCAAGGUGGGCAAGACAUUGGUGGUGGCCAACAAUAAAAGCAUCAACAAAAAGCCUCCCGACCACCACGCGCCCAAAAAGAUCUACGUCAAGCCCAAACAGGUCACGGCGAAACCCAAGGACAAGGCAAAAGAGCGGACUUCGAGCAGCACGCCAAUUCCAGGGAGCCCCACAAAAGUGGUCUACAAGAAGCCCCAGGAGAAGAAGGGCUGUAAGUGCGGCCGGGCCACCCAAAACCCAAGUGUUCUUACCUGCCGCGGCCAACGCUGCCCCUGCUACUCCAACCGCAAGGCCUGCCUGGACUGCAUAUGCAGAGGCUGCCAGAACUCGUACAUGGCCAACGGUGAGAAAAAGUUGGAGGCGUUUGCCGUGCCAGAGAAAGCUCUGGAGCAGACGCGGCUCACCCUGGGCAUCAAUGUCACCAGCAUCCAGGUGCGGAACCCUAGUGCGAACCCGGCCAGCGGCGUCCUGAACAUGACCUCUGCUGCCGGGUCGCCUGUGCCCUCUUUUCUGUCUGCAGGUUCACACGACGACAAGGGGUAUGAGGAUCCUCUAGACAUGAGGUAUGACUGUUGAGCGCUCCACUCUGCGUCGCUCUAGACAAAAGCUCACUUCACCAUCAACCCCCCUAUUCCAGCCCAGCUCACACACUUUUUACUUUUUUAUUGUUAUUAAUUAUUAUUUGUUAAGUUGUGAGGUGGCACUGAAGAGGAGUCAUGUGGAGAGGUGACAGCUGGGGGAGUUCCACACAAAAAAGGCAGCUACUGUGUUUUUUUGUUUCCAGUUGACAUUAAUUGGUAAAUAAUGACUAGGUAUUGCUGAAGCUUGUGCCUAUAAAUCACUUGUAAUUUACCUCUUUUUUUUCUUUUUUUUGUCUUGCAUUUGAUUGUGGACAAGAAAUUACGAGUUACUGUAAGACAACGUUUCUUUUCUUUUUUUUACUACCUGGUUAUCUUUUGGAAACUUUUCUACAAGUGAUCUACAAGGCUCGAUCUUUAGCAAGGAAAUUAACUUGACCUCAUUGUUGUUGGUCAUGCUAUGUGUGCAUAAAGGGGAGGAGUGCAUCCGGGCUGUAGGAUAGAAUACAAGGCCUGUUCAUAUGAAAUGGUACCUGCUAUGUCAGUAGAAACUGGUUGUAUUUAUAUUAAAAAUAAAAAAACCCACAAAAACUCUUUUGUACACAAGACUUAAGAAAAUUCCAUUUAAGAAACACAGUUUUAUGGUUUAUUUUAUGUUACAUUAACAACCUUUGCAGUAUUUAUUGGAUGUCACCUAACAUAGAUAUUCGGUUCAUCUAGGACGUUACCAGGAUACCAUUUCUACCGAUGCAAAUCACUGAGAUGCAGUAUGUUUCUGUCUAAAUUAUGUUGCUCUCCUGUUUGUGCUAGUUUUUUGCCGUCUCAGACUGUUUUUCCUCCCUUGGGGCAUUUAAAUACCUGUAAUAUAAAUGUAACAUUUCCACAAAAAAAGAAAAAAAAAACAUCUCCUUGCUGACUCAUUACUUCAUUUCUCUGGACACGUGUGCUGUUCUUCCGCAUGCUGUUACACUUUGUUUGUUUGUCACUGUGACACAGCCCAACAAUCUACCAUUGGGCUGUAGGAUGCACAUACAGUUACAGCCCCACUUUCGGCAGCCUAAAGCACAAGAAACAAGUGUUCAUUAUUUACACAGGGCGAGAACGGAAGGUUAGAUAUGGAUUUUGAAGUCUGUCGU